CCUCGGUCACGUCCCCUAUAGGACAGUCCUGGCCCCAGCCGCGUCCCCCAAGGACCCCCCAAGCUCCGCCAGGAGGGCUCGCGUCCCCUUGGCCACCUCCCGCCAGCAGAGGCCCGGUCCCCAAGCAUGUCUCCCCGGGGGUCCAGGCCCCCUUGGCCACGUUCCCCCAGGAAGACCCCGGGCCCCAGCCAUGAUGUGUCUUGGUCCCCCCGGCUGCACGUCAAGGAGGGUCCCAGCCCGUCAGGGCUCAGCCGCUAGGGACUCUGCUGGGUACAGCCCCCAGCAGGGGUCCAGCCCCAGGCCAUGGUGGCCACGGUCCCCCUCACCUGGACUACCCGGCGGACAGGGGGACGAUGGGCCGGUGCGGCAGUGGUUCAGGGCACAAGGCCACGGACGAGGCAUAGCCCUAGGCAGGGGAGAACAGUCUGUCCACCCCCUCCCCAUCGGGCGCCGUUGGCCCUGGUUCUGAUGCAACUUCUGUCAAAAUGCCUGGAGCAAAGAACGGCAGCAGCUCCGUGGCGACUGGUGUGGGGGGGCCAGCCGAAGCCAGCGCAGCCUCCGGCCCUCCUCAUCUCCACCAGCUUCCCAGAGCACACGAGGCCUGAUGGGUUUUGCCAUCUCCGCAGGCUACAUGCGGCCCCUCCUUGGGAAAGGCAGCAGUCUGAGUCAGGAGAAAAAAUGGAUUUAAAUUGUCCGCAAAAUGUGUUCCUGCUUUGAGAUGCUGAGGGCGUUUUUUUUUCCAAGAGCAAACAGGCUCUGACCCCUCCUGGGCAUGUCGGUAUCCUGAGAAGUGCCAUGUCCUGCCUGCCAGUGGUGCGGACACAGCUGCCUUCCCCUGCCUCCUCCUGCUACCCCUCAGACAGGCACGUCCUUGGAGCCCUGGGUGCUGCAUCACCCAGCUAGUCCUGGAUGGGAGUCCCCAAAGUCUUGGGGCUGCUGGAGCUCUGACUUGGUGCCAUGGAUAUGAAGGUGAUCAUCGAUUUGACCUGCGAGGACACAAGCGCAGACCCAGCACCACGGAGCAGCCUCACCAUCAUUGACCUGACAGAGGACACCUGCAGCCUUCCCCAUGCCACCGAUUCCGCUGACCAGGACCCAGGGCAGGAGCCUGCUGCCCCAGCAGCACACACAUCCCAUCCCCGGCUCUGCUCCAGCACAACACAAGAAACAGAGGCAACAGCGGGGCUGAGCCCUGCAGUACCCUGGCACGGUGCUCCCGUGGACCCCAGUGCCACCACGGACACAACAGAAAGUGCAGAGAACUGGAACUGCUUCUCUCCCGCCUCCAGCCAUCACGGCUCCUCUUGCAGUCCGGAGCAGAACUGCAGCACCACCACUUUUAACAGUGACUUGGGCUCCCUGGCCAGCAUGCAGCUGGACUCAGACCUACUGUCCCUGUCCCCCUCCAGCCUAGACAGCAGCAGCAGCUGCAGAGCCGGUGGCCCAGAGGAAGAGACUCCCCACCUCUGCCAGCAAAGAGAACUGCCCCCAAGGCUGAGCCCUGCCCCAGCCAUCCCCACAACCCCAGGGAACGCCCGAGGGCCUUUGCUGAAAGCAGGUGACUUACUGCCACAUGAAGCAAUCCAGCAAGUGACCCCAGCCAGGACCAAGGCUGAACAAACUGCACAAACUGCCAGCAAGGCCUGGCUGAACAAACUGCACUAUUUCAGGAGGAGCGGAGUCCAGCACCUCUUCCUCCAAGGCGUAACACCGAACAGGGAAACACAGCAGCAGAAACCUGAGCUCAUCCCCAGCGGGAAGCUGAGCAUGGUGCACACCACCAUGGAGGAGAACUUCCUGGAGGGCACCUUGCAUUUCCUGAGUGAGUUCGUCUCCCACCAGCACUGUCCACCCAAAGAAAUCAUCUCCCACCUCGUCAGACAGAUCCUGUUGAACCCCCACCAAGGGGAGAUCCUGAAGGACACCUACAUGCUGCUGAUGAAGAUCCAAAUGCUCCAUCCAGCCAACAUGACGACGGUGGGAUGGGACUGGACGCUGCUGAAAUACAUCAUGGAGGACCAGCUCCAUCAGGCUCAUACCACCUCCAUCUGCCCUCAGGAGAAGCCCCCUGGCUGGCUCCUCUUCCUGCAAUAUGUGGUGCAGACCCUGGAGGAUGAUUUCCAGCAGAACCUGAGGUUGCGCAUGCUGCAGAAGUCGAUUGCCAAGAAAGUGCUUUCGUGUGACAUGUGCUUCAACAAUGUCAAGGAGGUGGUCGAAUGGUUGGUUGCAGCAGUUACAGGAGUUGGGUUCUCCCAGACACAGCAGCAGCAGCAAGAGAUUACAUCCUCUUCAGCAGAAGAAAGGGCUGAACGCAGCUCAUCUACACCAUGUCAGGCCAGCACUGCCCAGGCAGAGGUGGCUCCACCAGCUUUCUUCACCCAGAAGGUGAUGCUCCUGCUCCAGCGGAUGUUGUCCAUUGCAGUGGAAGUGGACAAAUCUCCCAACUGCAGCUCCUGUAAGAUCGCAGAUGUGAUAUUCCCAUUUAUACUGAAUAUUCCCCUGAGGAGCCAAAGGGAAGCUUUCUUAAACACCAUGGAGAGCCAGCUCUUGCGCUGCAAAUUGCUAGAGCUGUUGUUCCAGCAUAGUUGUGAUGUUCCCACAACCUUGCCCUUGUCUCUGGCCAAGAUCCUGUACUUCCUGAGCCACUCCUCUGUGCUACUGCAAAACCAGGAUGAAACAGCAACAUGGCAAAGAUGGGAUGAGAUGCUGCAGUACUUGAAUUUGCUGCUGAUGAGUUACCAAAAUGUAAUACUGGAGCACUUGCGGAGCUCCCUCAACGACCGGAUGGACUUGAUCAUUCAGAAAGCCAAGCCCAAGCUCCAGGACGGUGAUGAUAUCAGCCAUCUGGACAUUCAACUGAAGAUAGAGGACUUCAUCAGCCGAAUGCAGCAGGUCCUGGGGCAGCCUUUUCCCCUGCAGAUCAUGGAGAAAUUGUGCAUGUUUCGGGAGUUGUUCCUCAUUGUUACUUCUACCUGAUGGAGACAACCACUGUGGCAGGGGGCACAAAGAACUUUUUGUUUCCUCUCUAAAACCACAUCAAAACCCCCAUCUCAUGCUGCAGUCUCAAGUGUCAUACCUCAUGUGGGUUUGUUUACACAUUUCUUUGGAAAAAUGUCUGGUUUACAUGGUCUCAGAAUUUGCUUUCAAACUUGCCUGAUUCUACAGUUCUACAAGACGCUUUGUACACUUUAAAAAAAUAAAUUAUUUUUAUAUUUUCUGCAACUCUUUCACCUUGGUGACAGCCCUGCCCGAAAGUGCAGAGGUCUGCAGCUGUAUCUUGGGACAGCAUUAGACUAAUGCAGCCAUAAACUCUGACAAGAGUUUGCACAGCAAGCAAAAUGCCAAAAUACCUGUUCAGUAUUUAGGAAAAGGUGAUAAUAUUUCAGAAAAAAAGCAGGUGUCAGCUGCAGCGAGGGCAUUCACAGUGUGCAGGUCCCCAAGCCAUGCUGGUCAGUCCUCAGGAGAGGAACAUUCUGUUCCAAAUCAAAUACACCUACAUGACUUGCCCAAGGUGAUUAGCAUGUCAAGAGGGAGGACUGGAUAGUAGCAUCAGCUGAAAAGGCUGCGCCUCUUCCAGAAUGCACUGAAGUGUCUGCAGUGCAGGCAAGUCUGUGUGUUAUGAAUAUUGCAUUCAAAUACACUGGCGACAAUUCAAAUCACAGCUGAAGUCAGAGAGCAAUUAUGCAUCUCUAUAGAACAUCUCCUCAGACAGUUCAGAAGCAACAGAGGUUGGCAGUGGGAGAAAGACAACUCCUGUAGCUGCCCACCACCCCUUUACCUGCCCCUAUGGCAGGCAACCUUGGAAGGGUCCUAAUGAGGAGACCAGAGCCUAGAAGCAUUGAGCAGCGCAGUCACGGCCAGGGGUGGAGUAGCCCUGAUGUUAGUGCUGCACACGCUGAAGACCUGGUGCUUACUACACAGCAAGGCCUCAUCCAGAAGCCUGGAUUCAGUUAGCCCAGAACUGUUCACAAGGGUCUGACCUGGGGCUCGCAGGUUUGCUCCUUGUUCUUUAGGAAGCCUCUUUCCAACUGCCAGAUGGAGAACAAACCGCUCAUCCACGUGACCUUGCCCCUCUAAUCCAGGUAUAAGCCAUCCAGGGAAAAGUGAAGAAGUCUGGUUUGGGAGUAGGAGCCAGAAGCAUUCCCAAUUGUACAAAAUCCAAGUGCUCCCUGCUCUCAAAGGCAGCUCUUCCUGUAUGGUAUGCUCAUUCAGGUGUACUUUCCAGAUAGGUCCUUCAAUUGGAUUAGACUUCUACCAUUAAACUAGAAAAGGAGCUGCACUCCAGCAAGAGGUCCAUAGUUAUGGAUAUAAAUACAGGAAGUAGAAUGAGAAUAUCACACCAAGGGGCCACACUUUAACCCCAGCCGUUCCAACCUAAGCUAUGAGACUAGCCUGUGUAACAAAGACCUGCAGCAGCAGGUGCUUCACCUGGGUGCUUCAAGGAGUUAUGUCACCAUUUCCAAUUCUGCUAACACUCUAGAAGCACAGGGAACACCAGUGUUUAAUUUGGACACCCCCAGCCCAGAACUGCAUGCUCUAUCAGCAGUAUUUUGGCAGCUAUGAAUGCCACAACAGCACUCAAACCAGAGCUUUUCAGAGGAAGGCAAAGCAGAGAUGGCCACACCACCAGGAGCUGGGCACUUCUAGGUGACCAGCAGCCUGGCUCCCACGCCUGUGCCCACCUCCACAGUACAGGGCAAACACAGCACACAGGCUGCAAGAGAAGCAAUCUGAGAAGAAUCAGCACAAAGAUUUCAUGUCUAGUUUCAUCUGCACAAGCCCCAAGAAAGGACCGAGUCUGGCUUUACAUCUAGUCUCCUUGUCAAAAGGCAGUUUUACAGAGCAAACAUUUUACCCUAUUGCAAGUGCUGCCAGAGCCUUAUUAGGCAGAACCUUGACCUCACACUCACUGGACAGCCCCACAUUUCUUCCAUGAAUGCUUUGCCAGUGCUAACACACACCAAGGACCUCCAUUCACAAGGAUUUUAUUCUCUUGUAACAAACAAAAAAAAAAAAUCAUACACAUUAGAGACAUGAAUACAGACAACAAAUAAAUUAAUGUCAAAUGAGAGACUGAUUGCCAAGGUGCAAAUGAGAGGUGACAGUGAAAACUGCUUGGUUGGGUGGCAGACUUUCACCACAACAUAUCACUGGCACUGCUGUUCAAGCUUGAGAGGAAGCAGAGCCCCAGAACAUGCUUCUUCAGAGGGGAGAGCAGCCAGCCAAGUGAGCCGACCCUGUCUCACCCUCCAGGAGGAAUGUUUAGUUUCAGAAGGCAGAAAACCCAGCGCUCAACAGUUACCAGCUGUUAAGUAACCUCUGUAUAAUGUCCUUGCAACAGAGAAGCUUUCAGUACCAGAUGCAAGGCUGCUGCUGCCACCUCACCACUACGGGAAGCCUGCUGCAGGCUGAGGGCACUCUGCCACACAAUCGUGACACGAGAGAGGAGACCUGUUUGCUGCAGGGCAGGUGAAGAUUAUUGAGCAAUGCUGCCUAUAGUGCUUAAGAGAUUAGAUGGUAGCCAGGAGUUCCUUCCACUUUUCAUGAAAGCAAGUGCUAGCUCUUCCCAGUAACUGGUUCUGACUAGGCCAAAAAUGACAUGUAGCUGUAUCAUAGCAGGGAAGAACAUUUAGCCUCGAUCUGCCCUCAGUCCUCUCCCAGACCUGCAAAAUGCAUUCGAUACUGACGAAACAGAAAAGCCUAUCCGAGAAGUGCCCCUGGUGUCUAAUACACUUCUACUACAUGACUCAUACAAGAUGCUAGAAAAAAAAAAAAAACGCACAGAUCAAGCAGCACCCAGAGUGCCAGAA